AAGAACAGCUUGAAUUAGAAUCCGCGCGCGUUUCCCCAUCGAAUUACUUUCGUGCAAACGCUAUCAGUUUUGAGUGAAAAUUAUUAAUAAUAAUAAUAUAUAUAUAUAUACAUAGAAAGUGUAUAUAGAGUCAAUGAUAUAUAGGGUUUUAUGCCUUGGACUGGCACUCCUUUUUGUGCUGGUCGGGGCUGCUUAUCAGCCUGGCGGUCACCAUGAUGGACAGUCCGGGUUAUCAGCAGCGCAUUCUACGUAUGCUGAAGAGCAGCCGAUCUACGAACGGGAUUCGGGCUGCCCGGCACAAUUUCGAGGACUAAUGCCGUAUCCUUAUGACUGCCAUCGGUUUAUUAACUGCGCCGAGGGACGACCUGCUAUCCAAACCUGUGAAUCGGGCACAGCUUUCAAUUCCGAGAAGCGCACCUGUGACCAACAGUCCAAGGUGUCCUGUGAGGGUCCAGUCAGUCGCUCUGCCCGUCUGCAGCAGCGGAGUGGGGAGCCCAAGUGCUCGCCUGGCAAGAGUGGUUUAGAGGUGCAUCCCUACGAUUGCACCAAGUUCCUUAAUUGCGCCAACGGUCGGACUUUUGUGCAGAGUUGUGGACCCGGCACCGCCUUCAGUCCAUCCCUCAUGACUUGUGACUACAAGGACAAAGUGGAUUGCGGCGAUGGUCGCUUUAGCGCAGGCGGAGCAGCUCACGAAGGAUCGCAAGGCUCUACGGAUGGCCUUCAUUGCCCAGCGGGCGCACGCGGUAAUUUUCCGUAUGCCAAUGAUCCCAUUAAGUAUAUCGUAUGUGGGAUUGGCGUGAAGCCACGCUUGGAGCAAUGUGAUCCGGGUGAGAUAUUCGAUAUCCACAAAUUGACCUGCAUUUUCGUUGGCUCCUCCUCUGCCCAAACCCAUGUCUCCUCUGCUGCCAGCCUGAGUGGUCUACACUGUCCAGAAGGAGUCGAGGGUUUGUUUACUCAUCCCUUCGAUCAGACCAAAUUCCUCAACUGUAAGGCCGGCAAUGUAGCCGUCCAGAGCUGUCCUCCCAAUCAGAUCUUUAGUAUAUCAAAGAGUGGUUGCCAAUUUAAGGCACAAUCUGUCUACACUGACUAUGUGUCUUAUAUUGUGUCUGGGAUAAGCCACGACUAUUCUAUGAUGCUCACUAGCUGUCCCCCGGGCACUGAUGGCCUUCAUCUCUAUCCCUAUGAUGCUGCCAAGUAUGUCCGAUGCGCUGGAGGAGUGCUGUCUAUCAUUAGCUGUGGAGAGAAUAUGGCUUAUAGUUUUAUCAAGCGCGCUUGUCGUUUGACUUAUCAUUUGACUAGAGAAGAACGAGUCUGGUUCUUUUAUGAGCUGAGUUCCAUUAGCAGGUCCCAUUACAGUUAUACGGAUAGUCAGGCAUUCCAAUCUUCAUUGACAUCCUGCCCACUUAGUCUACAUGGCAACUACGCAUAUCCCUUCGUUGCCAGUCGCUAUGUGCUCUGUCAAAAUGGACUGUUGCAGGUGGAGUCCUGUCCAGGCGGAACUUUUUUCAGUCUCUCCACUCGAAGGUGCGUGGCACGUCAACAGCUCUCGUCUCAUGAGUAUUUGGACUACUCUUAUAUAAAUAUCCAGCUCCCCACGACAACGAUGCAAGAUCUGACCACUGUUACGUGUCCGGCCAGUGCUCAGGGAUACUAUCUACAUCCCUUCGACUGUACGAAGUAUUUGAACUGUCGCGAUCAGCAGACUUCAAUUGAGAGCUGUGACAAGGGAAAAGUUUUCAGCAUUUCGCAAAGACUUUGCGUGGCAACGGAUCAAUUGGCUGGCAACAACGAUCGCGUGGAGUAUUUAACAGAAACGCCGAACGAGUUCUACCAGGGCAAUCAGGUCGCUGAGGGUCAUCAGUUGCAUACUACACAGAAUGCAAAUAGAGAGGUAGUAUGCCCCUCAGGUGUUAGUGGUCUUCAUCCGCACCCCCACGACUGCACAAAAUACCUAAAUUGUGCCAACGGACAAACUUUUGUUAUGGACUGUGGACCUGGAACAGCUUUCAGUGUAUCUUUGCUGUCCUGUGAUUUUAAGGACAAUGUGGAUUGCGAGAGGCACUCCUUCACUGGCAACACUGCUACAUCCCACGGAGGUUCAGCAAGCUCAAGCGGAUCGGGCUUUAGCGGACAUGGUGGAUUGGGACACGGCUCCUUCAACGGGGCAGGAUGCCCAGCAGGUGCUCGUGGACUAUUCCCUAUUCCCAGCGAUCCUCAGAGCUAUCUCAAGUGUGGAAUCGGAGUUCAGCCAAUUGUGGAGCAAUGUAAUCCUGGACAGAUUUUCGAUGCCCACAGUUUGUCAUGUGUUCGCCCUGCGUACUCUCCAGGCCCAACCCCUCCUUCCUCCGCCGCCAAGCUGAGUAAUCUCCUCUGCCCAGAAGGAGUCGAGGGUUUGUUUGCUCAUCCAUUUGAUCAAACCAAGUUCUUCGACUGCAAGGCAGGCCAAGUUGCCGUUCAGAGCUGUCCUCCCAGUCAGGUCUUUAGUUUAUCCAGAAAUUACUGCCAGCCCAAGUCUCAAUUGGUGUCAAUUGACUAUGUCGCUUAUUUUGUCUCAGAGAUCAACCACGAGUAUUCUAUGAUGCUCACUAGUUGUCCUGCUGGCACUGAUGGCCUUCAUCUCUAUCCCUACGAUGCUGCCAAAUAUGUCCACUGUUCUGGAGGAGUUAUGUCCAUUAUCAGCUGUGGAGAGAAUAUGGCUUAUAGUUUUACUCAACGCACAUGCCGUCCGACGCACCAAAUAUCUAGAGAAGAACGCGUCAAGUUUAUCGUCGAGCUCAGUUUCCAUGGCAGCUCCGGCAAUACGGGUAGUCAGGCCUUCCAAUCUUCAUUGACGUUAUGUCCACAUAGUUUACAGGGCAAAUACGCUCACCCAUUUCAUGCGAGUCAUUAUAUCAUCUGCCAAAAUGGUGUGCUGAGAGUGGAAUCCUGUCCAGCUGGAUAUGUUUACAGUAUAUCUAAACGUAGGUGUUCGGCACGCCAACAGCUCUCGUCGCAUGAAUAUUUGGACUAUUCUUACAUAAAUAAUCACCUCUCCACGAAUUUCUUGCAAGACAUUGCCAGUGUUAAGUGUCCCGCAGAUGGUCAGGGUUACUAUCUUCAUCCCUUUGAUUGCACUAAGUAUUUAAACUGUCGCAAUCAGCAGACCUACAUCGAGAGUUGUGAACGGGGUAAGGUUUUUAGCAUCUCCCAACGACUUUGCGUGGCAACGGAUCAGUUAGCUGCCACCUACGAUCGCGUGGAGUAUUUAUCAGAAACCCCGCACGAGUUCUAUCAGGGCGGGAGAGGAUCACCGAGUCCAAGCGGAUCGGGAUACGGUGGAUCAUCGGGUCACAUAAGUGGAGCCUUCAACGGGGCAGGCUGCCCAGCAGGUGCUCGUGGACUAUUCCCUAUUCCCAGCGAUCCUCAGAGCUAUCUCAAGUGUGGAAUCGGAGUUCAGCCAAUUGUGGAGCAAUGUAAUCCAGGACAGAUUUUCGAUGCCCACAGUUUGUCAUGUGUUCGCCCUGCGUACUCUCCAGGCCCAACCAUUUCUUCCUCUGCCUCCAAGCUGAGUAAUCUCCUUUGCCCAGAAGGAGUCGAGGGUUUGUUUGCUCAUCCAUUUGAUCAAACCAAGUUCUUCGACUGCAAGGCAGGCCAAGUUGCCGUUCAGAGCUGUCCUCCCAGUCAGGUCUUUAGUUUAUCCAGAAAUUACUGCCAGCCCAAGUCUCAAUUGGUGUCAAUUGACUAUGUCGCUUAUUUUGUCUCAGAGAUCAACCACGAGUAUUCUAUGAUGCUCACUAGUUGUCCUGCUGGCACUGAUGGCCUUCAUCUCUAUCCCUACGAUGCUGCCAAAUAUGUCCACUGUUCUGGAGGAGUUAUGUCCAUUAUUAGCUGUGGAGAGAAUAUGGCUUAUAGUUUUACUCAACGCACAUGCCGUCCGACGCACCAAAUAUCUAGAGAAGAACGCGUCAAGUUUAUCGUCGAGCUCAGUUUCCAUGGCAGCUCCGGCAAUACGGGUAGUCAGGCCUUCCAAUCUUCAUUGGCGUCCUGUCCACAUAGUCUACAGGGCAAAUAUGUUCACCCAUUCCUUGCCAGUCACUAUGUCAUCUGCCAAAAUGGUGUGCUGCAAGUGGAGUCCUGUCCAACUGGAUAUGUUUACAGUAUCUCCUUGCACAAGUGUUCCAAUCGACAACAGCUAUCGUCUCAUGACUACUUGGACUAUUCUUACAUAAAUAAUCACCUCUCCACUAAUCUUGUGCAGGAUCUUACCACUGUUAAGUGUCCUCCCAAUGCUCAGGGUUACUAUCUUCAUCCCUUUGAUUGCACCAAGUAUUUAAACUGUCGCAAUCAGCAGACCUACAUCGAGAGUUGUGAACGGGGUAAGGUUUUUAGCAUCUCCCAACGACUUUGCGUGCCAACGGAUCAGUUAGCUGCCACCUACGAUCGCGUCGAGUAUUUAACAGAAACGGCAAACGAGUUCUACCAGGGCAAUCAGGUGACAAGAGAUCAUCAUUGGCAUACUCCCUCGCAGUAUCCAAUUGGUGAGGCAGGCUCAUCGAGCUCAAGCGGAUGGGGCUCUAGCUCUUAUGGUGGAUCAUCGGGUCACAUAAGUGGAUCCGUCAGCGGGGCAAGUUGCCCACACGGUGCACGUGGGCUAUUUCCCAUUCCCAACGACCCUCAUAAGUAUCUCAAGUGUGGAAUCGGCGUAGAGACACGUGUGGAGCAGUGUAAUCCAGGAGAGAUAUUCGAUGCCCAUAGUUUGACAUGUGUUUCUACUGGAGACUUCACUAUCCAAACCCCUACCUCCUCUGCCGCCCAGCUGAGUACUCUCCUCUGCCCAGAAGGAGUCGAGGGUUUGUUUGCUCAUCCAUUUGAUCAAACCAAGUUCUUUAACUGCAAGGCAGGAAAAGUAGCCGUUCAAAGCUGUAUUCCUGGCCACGUCUUUUGUUUAUCCAAAAAUUACUGCCAGCCAAAGUCUCAAUUGGUGUCCACUGACUAUGUGAAUUAUGCUGUUUCAGAGAUCAGCCACGAGUAUUCUAUGAUGUUCUCCCGUUGCCCCUCUGGUACCGAUGGCCAUCAUUUCUAUCCUUAUGAUGCUGCCAAAUAUGUCCGCUGUGCUGGAGGAGUUAUGUCCAUUAUUAGCUGUGGAGAGAAUAUGGCUUAUAGUUUUACUCAACGCACUUGCCGUCCGACGCAUCAAGUAUCGAGAGAAGAACGCGUCAAGUUUAUCGUCGAGCUCAGUUUCACUGGCAGCUCCGGCAAUUCGCAUAGUCAUGAAUUGCAAUCUUUAUUGCCAUCCUGUCCACAGGGUGGACAGGGCAAAUACGCCCAUCCAUUCCUUGCCAGUCACUAUGUCAUCUGCGAAAAUGGUGUGCUGCAAGUGGAGUCCUGCCCAGCUGGAUAUGUUUACAGUAUCUCCUUGCACAAGUGUUCCAAUCGACAACAGCUCUCGUCUCAUGACUACUUGGACUAUUCCUAUAUAAAUAGCCAGCCUUCCACUAAUCUUGUGCAGGAUCUUACCACAGUUAAGUGUCCUCCCAAUGCUCAGGGUUACUAUCUUCAUCCCUUUGAUUGCACCAAGUAUUUAAACUGUCGCAAUCAGCAGACCUACAUCGAGAGUUGUGAACGGGGUAAGGUUUUUAGCAUCUCCCAACGACUUUGCGUGAACAGGGAUCAAUUGGUGGCCGCCUACGAUCGCGUGGAGUAUCCAACGGAAAUGCAGCAUGAGUUCUACCAGGGUAGUGAUAAUGCUAAUGGUCGUCAGCUAUAUCCCACUGAGCAUUCCCUGAAAGUAGAGAUAACUUGCCCGCCUGGUGCUAGUAGACUUCAUCCUCAUCCCUACGAUUGCACCAAGUACCUGAAUUGCGCCAAUAGACAGAUCCUUAUGCAGGAAUGUAGACCCGGUUCAGCCUUCAACAGCGCAAAGGGCAUAUGUGAACACGCCGACCAAGUCGAUUGUACAGGAAGGAGUAGGAGCGCAGUCCAGACUGCUGUACAGUUCACUAGCACUGUGAUUGGUGCUUCCUAUCAUUUGACUUGCCCUGAGAAUGUCUAUGGCAUGUUCGCACAUCCCUUUGAUGCCCGGAGCUAUUUGUAUUGCGUGCAGGGAUACACCUCGAUCAGGCAGUGCCUGCCCACUGAAUACUUUAGCAUCAGUCGAGGCUAUUGUCUUUCGGAACAGCUUGUCUCUGCGACGGAUCGUGUGUCCAUGAUGGGCUAUGUACAGGAGGCUGGCCUACAGCAGGUGGACUUUGUGAGUUGUCCUCGGGAUGCUGUGGGCUAUCAUGCGUAUCCCUUCGAUUGCACAAAGUACUUGAGCUGUGAGGCGGGCGUCACUCGGCUCCAGAGUUGCCCAAAUGGACAACACUUUAGCCUUUCGCUGCACAGCUGUCAGUUGCCGGAACAAGUGCAGCGCAACGAUCGCAUCCACUUGAGCAGUGAGCUGCACACAUUCUUCGAGUGGUGGCAGCAGCUCCAGCGUCAAGGAGUCACUGUUAGCAUUCUGUGUCCCCCCGGUCUGAUUGGCAACUAUCAACAUCCCACGUUGCCCAGCAAGUAUAUCGCUUGCACUGCACCACAAGCUCCGGCACAGAUCCGCAACUGCGAUAGCGAUCAGAUUUUCAGUGUCUCCCGACGUGUUUGUAUGCCAGGCAACCAGGUGCCCACAUACGAUCGAUGCGAUUACAACGCAGAGGACUCCUACGGUUGGAUAGAUCUGCGUCACGAUGGACGUACUCCAAAAGCCUACGGCUCACACACUCAAUAUGGCAGCUCUGAUCAAUACGGCAGCGGAUCCGGCGGCAUUAAAACGACCGUCGUUCGAACUGGCGAUCGCUGGACCAGCAUGAAUAUGCCGCGUCCAGCAGGCAUUGGCUUUGGUCAUGAUGGGGCGAGCACACAGCACUCCCAGGCCAGUGGCUGGUCUGGUCAAGGAAGCGCCUACAGUCACCAGGCGCCCACUCAGAGCGUGCUCUAUGUGGAGGGCUCACUCCAGCCAAAUCGUAAUUAUCCUCAACACUCUGCCACAAAUACAAUCUAUAAGGCAGCGCUGGCUCCCAUGGCGACCACUCCGACUAGUAACAUUUACUAUGCCCAGCCCGUAAAGGAAACUGGCGCCUCAUCACGCUCUGACUUUGGUCGCGCCCAGACAAACAACUGGCAAACAUCACGCAGACCCUUCAAUUCCCAUUCCUCGAAUGGACAGCGACCUCUAGAACUUGACUAUCAGCCCGAUGAAGAUGAUCAGCAGCCGCGUCAGGCUUCACGCAGACCCUUCAAUCCUCAAUCCUCGACUGGACAGCGACCUCUAGACCUUGACUAUCAACCCGAUGAAGAUGAUCAGCAGCCGCGUCAGGCUUCACGCAGACCCUUCAAUCCUCAAUCCUCGACUGGACAGCGACCUCUAGACCUUGACUAUCAGCCCGAUGAGGAUGAUCAGCAGCCCCGUUCGGCUCACGAUCAGCAGCCUAGCGCAUCGCAACUGCAGCCUCGGGAUCAUUUUCAGACAUCUCUUCCGAAGGUGCCUGCUAACCACAGACCCACUUUUCAUGCUCAACCGCAUUCUCCGUCUGAUGAGUCAAAUCUUUAUGGUGGAUUGAAACCACCGCCGCCACCACCUAAUUCACCUUUUAUUCCCGUUCAUCCAAAACAUAAUCCUCAUGCUGCUACUCCGACAGGUCAGCGACCUUUAGACAUUGAUUAUCAGCCCGAUUAUGAUGAUCAGGAGCCACGACCGGCUGCAAGUGGUGAUCAGCAGCCAAGUUUUCAUGCUCAACCACAUUCUCGGUCUGAUGAAUCAAAUCUUUAUGGUGGAUUGCAACCGCCGCCGCUACCACCUAAUUCUCCCUUAUCUCCUAUUCGGCCAAAACAGAAUCCUCAUGCCCUCCCUACAGGACAGCGACCUUUAGACCUUGACUAUAAUCCCGACACGGACAGCCAGCAACCUCAUGCUCAGCCUCAUCCAUCUUACACUCCCGUUUCCCCCGUGCCUGCUAAUCACAGACCCACGUAUCGUGAUCCCAAGCCUGUGACAAAUGAGUCUAAUUUGUACGGUGGCUUGCAGCCGCCCCCACCACCCUCAGCACCAUCCCAGACUACACCAGUUCCCUCCACCAGCUCGACUAAUUUGCGCACGUAUCCCAUUUACCCGCCCGUAUUCAAUGCCACGCCUCCUCAUACACCCAAUAACCCACACUAUAGUCCAUCCUAUUCGGGAGUUGCGCACUCGUAUAAUGCUACCUGGCAGAAGGUGCCACCGGCACCUGCACACGAUCCAUUCAAUGCGCCAGAGGAUUACGUCGAAGCUGACAAUGAUGAUGAUGAUUCGGUGACCACCACCACUACAGAACCAAGCAACUUAAGGCCACCGCCCUUCGACCAUAAGUUUUACAAUCCAACACAAGCCGCUGCCACGCAACCAUCAAAGGUGGCGCUUGGCGAGGCACUGCGUCUGAUGUUGCGUCCCUAUUUCAAUCAUAGCGGCAAUGCCGAGGAGUCUCUAGCCCAACGUGCUGAAUCGGCCAUUGCCACAGCUAUAAGCAAACCACCCACUUCAUCUAAACACCCGACACGCACCACCACCCCGACGACGACGACCACGACGAGUAGAAGCCCGAAUCGUGGCCGACAGACACUGGACGAUGACGCCGAACUGAUUAUGGCUGGCGAACAGGAGAGCCUGGACGAUACUGACAAUGAGUCUGUUGUUCCAGGUGCGGUUGAGACGGCGCGCACUGAGCAGACCCUAAAUCCAACGACGUACGCCUCCGGCCACGACACGACUGACUUCCAACGUGGUACUCGUCGAGUGGACAUAGACACCACAACCAAUUCAAAUACGAAUCAAACACCAAUCCAAUCAACGAACAAUUGGCACACGCGGGUUCACAAUCGUGAGUUCCACCAGCGUCAUCCAAAUCUGCCCGAUCCAUUCGAUAAGCCACAACAACACCACAACCACCAUCAUCCACAUCAUCGCCACCAACACAGCCCACACUACCACAAACUACAUCCCGAGUUGCCCAAUCCAUUUGACCAACCAAAAGAGGUGCAACCGCAGCCAUUUUUUGAUGAGCAGCCCCAACAAGAGUUUGAGGAGUUUGAUCCCGAUUAUCUGCCCAAUCCAAAUGCAGAAGCAACCACUCCACACACACCUAAAGUAGAUUUUCGCAGCGGCUUCGAUGUCACCUGUGAAUUCGACUGCGGCGGUGGCAAGUGUGUGAAACACUUGGAAGUCUGCGAUGGUGUCAACAACUGUGGCAAUCGCAAGGAUGAAAGCCAGUGCGAUCAUCUGGGCUACCAGGUGCGUCUGACGGGUGGCGAAAGUCCACACAUGGGACGCGUUGAGGUUAAGGUCAAUGGUAAGUGGGGCUAUGUUUGCGAUGACAAGUUCGGAUUGCCUGACGCGGAUGUUGUUUGCCGGGAGCUGGGGCACAAAAUGGGCGCCUCUGAGGUGCGUGGCAACUCCUACUAUGAGCCACCGGAGCGUAACUUCAACUAUGUCAUGGAUGAGAUCGAGUGUCGGGGCAAUGAGACGCAUUUAAAGGAUUGCGACUUCAAGGGCUGGGGUGUCCACAACUGUGGCGUCGAUGAGGUUGUCGGUGUCGUUUGCAAAGUGCCCGUAUUGAAGUGCCCCAACAACUUCUGGCUCUGUAAGACCUCCAAGGAAUGCAUUCCGCCCGCUUUUGUCUGCGACAACACCGAGGAUUGUGCGGAUAAGUCGGACGAGAGUAAUGCCGUUUGCAAGGCACCCAUUGAGUACCGCCUGGAGGGUGGUCGCAGCUCCAACGAGGGACGAUUGGAGGUCAAGUAUCAUGACGUCUGGGGCAGCGUUUGCGAUGAUGAUUUCAAUCUCAAGUCGGCGCAGGUGGCCUGCAAUGCGCUGGGCUACUAUGGACCAGCAAAAAUCGAGAAGAACAUCUUUGGACCGGGCAACGGACCCAUCUGGCUGGAUCAGGUCAUGUGCGUGGGCAACGAGACGAGCAUUGACCAGUGCCGCCACUGGAACUGGGGUGAGCACAACUGUAAUCACACUGAGGAUUUGGGACUACGCUGUACGGCAGGACCCCCACCACGUACGUCGCGACAACGCACCAGGUUGGAGGUGGUGAGCAAGAAUCAAACUGCAGCUGGAAAAGGUGGAAAAGGUGUUAGUCUCUCCGACAUUGGACUAUGGGAGAGAUCGAGUAAGGCGUUGCACACGCCACGACGCUGUGGCAUCUUCAAGGACGACCUGUUUGAUGAGUUUGCGCAUCCGGAGCAGCGUGUCAUCAAGGGCAAUGUGGCGCGUCGUGGCCGUCAUCCGUGGCAGGCAACAAUCCGUAAGAGGGGACGCGCAAGCAUCUCGAGUCAUUGGUGUGGCGCUGUGGUCAUCUCGAAGCGGCAUCUCCUGACUGCCGCCCACUGUCUCUACGGUCAACUGAAGGGUGGAUUCUUUGUGCGCGUCGGAGAUCACUAUGCCGACAUCGCGGAACAUUCCGAGGUGGACUCGUUCAUCGAGAGGUGGUAUACACACGAACAGUUCCGACAGCCCACACACAUGAACAAUGACAUUGCCGUUGUGGUGCUAAAGACACCACUGAAAUUCAACGACUAUGUGCAGCCGAUUUGUUUGCCGGACCUCGAUGCACCGCUCCUUGAGAAUCGUACUUGUACCAUCUCCGGCUGGGGCUCCAUCAAAUCAGGCAUGUCCACUCCAUCCCAGGAGUUAAGAGCUGCACAGCUGCCAAUUUUGCCGGAGGACACGUGCAAGCAGAUGAAUGUGUACGGAGAUGCCAUGACGAAGGGCAUGUUCUGCGCGGGCUCCAUGGAUGAGAGCGUUGAUGCCUGUGAGGGUGAUUCAGGUGGCCCACUUGUCUGCUCCGAUGAGGAUGGUGAGACCCUAUAUGGCAUUAUAUCCUGGGGACAGCAUUGCGGCUAUCGGAAUCGUCCUGGCGUUUAUGUGCGCGUCUGUCACUAUAUCGAUUGGAUCUACGAGAAGAUCAAUCAAAGUUUGCGCCACUUUUAAACCAUCGCCCUCAGCAGUUAAAUUUCAUGGCAGCGCCUAAAAGUAGGCAAUAAAAAUUGCGCUCAGCUUCUUUUUGAUUUAUUUCGCGAGGGGGAAAACAAACAGGCGCGCAGAUUAAGCACAUAAUCAAUGCUAAUAAAAACACACAAUAACAACAAGAAUAACAAGAACAA